AUGGCGUUCCAUAAACCCUACAAUCAAAUUACAUUGUGGAAAAUAUUUUUCUGUACCUCUUGUAUUUAUUUAUUGGCCGCCGAGGCAGCCAUUAGUCAAAUAACCUAUAAGAAGACAAAUUUGGCAGAAGAUAAAACCCUGAAGAAACCUCUGGGAAUAAAUGACAAAUCAACAACAACAUCUAUCCCACUAACCAGUAGUGACACUACCACCAGUCCCAACGAGUUAACACUAAAAUCAAAUCUGGAAUCCUCCACAGCUUUAACAUUAUCUCUGACAACUGAGGAAAAUGAUGAAAUUCUAAAAUCUACAACUUCUGCUGCUGUUGGACCCAAAAAAAUUUUAACAAAAUUGAAAAAGAACCCCUCCCGUGUUACGACAAAUCGUUCGACAAACACAACCGAACUUGUACCCUGUACCUGUGGUAUUUUCCUUAAUACACAAUUUACGAAAGGUUCAACAGAUCCACCACGUGGUGAGGCGGUGGUUUCAAAUUCAUUGGAUCGUACUUUCGCCUGUAAUGGUAUCGGCCAGAAACAUUGUCAAACGAAAUGUUUGGAACAGAUUGUCCGCCAUCUACCAAAUUCGGCCAAUAUUCUAUGUGCUGCCCUGGACCAUGACAUACAUAAACAGCGAGCCUAUUUGUUUACCAAGAACUGUCAGGAUAUUUGGGUAAACACCAAUUUAGCUGCAGGACGAGAAUAUUGUUGUAAAAAUCGUGAACCUUAUAAUUGUAAAUUACCACAGUAG